GGACCCUAAGAAACUCAAAAUCUGCAGCUAAUGUCCAUCGGAGUCCUAACCACGAGGUUGGUCACGUGAAAGCGUCUACCGGGAGACCCGCAGGGCUCGGCUUCCUGCAGAGUGCCUCACUUCGAAAAUGCCCCGGAAGUGCGUCUGCCCUCAGUAAAAAUGGCUGUGGCUCUUGGCUCGAAGGAGGCGGAGCUGCGCCUGCGCAACAAAUUCGGCGGGGAAGAUGGCGGAUGACAAGGAUUCGCUGCCCAAGCUUAAGGACCUGGCAUUUCUCAAGAACCAACUGGAGCACCUGCAGCGGCGUGUGGAGGACGAAGUCAGCAGUGGAGUGGGACAGGAUGGCUCACUCUUGUCUUCCCCGUUCCUCAAGGGAUUCCUGGCCGGCUAUGUGGUGGCCAAACUGAGGGCAUCAGCAGUAUUGGGCUUCGCUGUGGGCACCUGCACUGGCAUCUACGCAGCUCAGGCAUAUGCUGUGCCCAAUGUGGAGAAGACAUUGAGGGACUAUUUGCGGUCAUUGCGCAAGGGGCCUGACUAGCUCUGGAUCCCAUGGGAGAGGCAGGAUGAGCAGCUGGGACCUGGAGGAGACUUUCCAA